AAUGAUGACCUCAGAAGUAUGUCUUUAUCUGGGCACGUUGGGUUUGACAGUCUUCCUGACCAGCUUGUCAACAAAUCGACUUCACAGGGAUUCUGCUUUAACAUAUUAUGUGUUGGGGAAACGGGCAUUGGAAAGUCCACCUUAAUGGACACCAUAUUCAAUACAAAGUUUGAAAGUGAACCAGUUUCUCACAGUGAGCCUGGGGUCCGGUUAAAAGCAAGAAGCUAUGAACUUCAAGAAAGUAAUGUCCGUCUGAAGCUAACUAUAGUGGAUACCGUAGGCUUUGGGGACCAGAUUAACAAAGAUGACAGCUACCGUCCUAUUGUUGAGUACAUAGACGCUCAAUUCGAGGCAUACCUUCAAGAAGAGCUGAAGAUCAGGAGAUCACUUUAUAACUACCAUGACACAAGGAUUCAUGCCUGCCUUUACUUUAUUGCUCCCACUGGCCAUUCAUUGAAAUCUCUUGACCUGGUCACAAUGAAAAAACUUGACAGUAAGGUGAAUAUCAUCCCCAUCAUUGCAAAAGCAGACACCAUUGCCAAAAACGAGCUGCACAAAUUCAAAAGUAAAAUCAUGAGUGAGCUCGUCAGCAAUGGAGUUCAGAUCUAUCAGUUUCCUACAGAUGAAGAGACUGUCGCAGAAAUCAAUGCUACAAUGAGCGUGCACCUUCCAUUUGCAGUGGUCGGCAGUACAGAAGAAGUAAAAAUUGGCAACAAAAUGGCUAAAGCUAGGCAAUAUCCCUGGGGUAUUGUACAGGUUGAGAAUGAAAACCAUUGUGAUUUUGUGAAGUUGAGAGAAAUGUUAAUACGAGUAAACAUGGAGGACUUGAGAGAACAGACGCAUGCUCGCCACUACGAGCUGUACAGACGCUGCAAACUUGAAGAAAUGGGAUUCAAAGACACCGACCCCGACAGUAAACCCUUCAGCCUCCAGGAAACAUAUGAAGCAAAGAGGAACGAAUUCCUUGGGGAACUACAGAAGAAGGAGGAAGAAAUGAGACAAAUGUUUGUCAUGAGAGUGAAGGAAAAGGAAGCUGAACUUAAAGAAGCUGAAAAAGAACUCCAUGAAAAGUUUGACCUCCUCAAGAGGACUCACCAGGAAGAGAAGAAGAAGGUGGAGGACAAGAAAAGAGAGAUUGAGGAUGAAGUCGGCAUGUUCCAGAAGAAGAAAGCAGCCACGCAACUCCUCCAGUCCCAAGCCCAGCAAGCUGGAUCCCAGCAAACCAAGAAAGACAAGGACAAGAAAAAUGCAAGCUUCACAUAAAGUGUGCCGAGCCCAGGAUGUCCUACCAUUCACCUGCUUUUUGCAGUAAUGUGUCCCUGCCAUUUGUGUUCCUCGACACAGAUCACUAAUCACUCACUAAACGCAUCAUGUUUGGCUGCACGUGGGAGAGACUGCGUGCAUUUGGACUCUUUGUUUUGUUGCUGGGAAGCGAAUGUUGCCAAGCCUGGCCUUCUCCGAAUGCCAAUGCCAGUCACUGUUGUGCUCCUGCUGGCUAAAAACCAAUCUAAUCCUUGAAGAUCUUACCUGCAUGUAUUUAGAACGGACCCCUCAACGGGACUGCUCUUCGGACAUCAGAGAAAAUGGCCGCUUUUAGUAAGCUGACUAAUGAGCAGUUUAAGUGUGACUACCACUUCUAAAAUUGAGUUGAACAGCCUUUAAAUUAAUUUUGUAUUUUUAAAACUAGGUUACAUAUUGUGUUGAUUUUUCACUCAACUUGUAAAUAGUUAAUAUGGCUAAAUCAACUUGUCUUGGAAAACCAACUUUAAUUCCUCCCAGACACCAGUGUGAAUUGUUCCAUUCAGCUUUGCACACCUAAUUUGCUGAAAUCUGACAUCACCGUAAUACAAAACUCUUCACACUGGUUAAGGUAGAACUGACAAAAA